AUGGCCCGGAGCCCACCAGCCCCUCGAUGGGCACUUUUGCUCUCUUUGGUCAUCCUUAUCGGCUGCAUGGUCGUUCCUGGCUUUGCCGUGAAGCGCAAAGAUUUUAAAACCUGCGAGCAAUCCGGAUUCUGCAAACGAAAUCGAGCUUUCGCCGACAACGCCUCUGCUCUGGGGUCUGCAUGGAGCUCCCCCUACGAGCUCGAUCCCGCCACUAUACACUUCAAGGAUGGUCUCCUGACUGGUGUCAUUGUCAAAACAACUGCUACAAAUGAGAAGGUCCAGUUACCCCUCACGGUGUCCUUCUUGGAGUCGGGAGCUGCCCGCGUUCUGGUGGACGAAGAGAAACGACUACACGGUGACAUUGAGAUGCGACAUGGCAGCUCAGCCAACAAGAAGCGAUAUGACGAGGCUGAAAAAUGGGCCAUCGUCGGCGGAUUGGAAGUCAGCAAGUCGGCCACUUUGAGCGCCCAGAGCGAGACAGGCUUUACAAACAUUGUGUAUGGACCAGGCGAUAAGUUCCAGGCUGUCAUCCGUCAUGCGCCAUUCGGUGUUGAGUUUGAACGGGAUGGACAAACACACGUUCAAUUGAAUCACCAAGGCCUGUUGAACAUGGAGCACUGGCGACCCAAGGUUGACACCCCAGAAGGCGAAUCUGCGGAAGAUGAAAGCACCUGGUGGGAGGAGACAUUUGGAGGAAACACCGAUUCGAAGCCACGAGGCCCUGAAAGUAUCGCUCUCGAUAUCACCUUCCCUGGAUACAACCACGUGUUCGGUAUCCCAGAGCAUGCCGACUCGCUCUCGCUCAAGGAGACCCGUGGCGGAUCUGGCAAUCACGAUGACCCUUACCGACUUUACAACUCGGAUGUAUUUGAGUAUGAACUUGAGAGCCCAAUGACGUUGUACGGUGCCAUCCCUCUCAUGCAGGCCCACCGCAAGGACUCGACCGUUGGUGUCUUCUGGCUCAAUGCCGCAGAAACCUGGAUCGAUAUCGUCAAGUCCACCGUCUCUCCGAACCCACUUGCCUUGGGCUACAGCUCUAAGACGAACACUCAAACCCACUGGAUCUCCGAAUCUGGCCGAAUUGACUUGUUUGUGUUCCUCGGACCCUCGCCUAAUGACAUCAGCAAAACCUAUGGUGAACUCACUGGAUACACGCAGCUGCCUCAGCAGUUUGCGAUUGGAUAUCACCAGUGCCGCUGGAACUAUGUCACGGACGAGGAUGUGAAGGAAGUCAAUGCCAAGUUUGACAAGUACCAGAUUCCCUACGAUGUGAUCUGGCUUGAUCUCGAAUACACCGACGACCGGAAGUACUUCACUUGGGACCCUCUCACCUUCCCCGACCCUAAGGGCAUGCAGCAGAAGCUUGAUGAAAGCGAGCGCAAGCUUGUUGUUUUGAUUGACCCUCACAUCAAGAACGCAGACAAGUACUUUGUUUCCGAGGAGCUCAAGAGCAAGAACCUUGCAGUUUUGAACAAGGACGGCGAAAUCUAUGACGGAUGGUGCUGGCCAGGCUCUUCAAACUGGGUUGAUUGCUUUAAUCCCGCUGCACACGCUUGGUGGGCCACUCUCCACAAGUUCGACAAAUUUAAGGGAUCACUCCAGAACCUUUUCAUUUGGAAUGAUAUGAAUGAGCCAUCUGUGUUCAACGGACCCGAUAUGACUAUGCCCAAGGAUAACCUUCACUACGGUAACUGGGAGCACCGUGACAUCCACAACGUCAAUGGACUGACCCUGCUGAACGCUACCUACAAGGCAAUGCUUGAGCGCAAGAAGGGUGAGGUCCGCCGCCCAUUCAUCCUGACCCGCUCCUACUACUCUGGUGCUCAGCGGGUGUCCGCCAUGUGGACUGGAGACAACCAAGCUACUUGGGAGCACCUCGGCGCCACUCUUCCCAUGGUUCUGACCAAUGGUAUUGCUGGAUUCCCAUUCGCCGGUGCUGACGUCGGCGGUUUCUUCCACAACCCCGACAAGGAGCUCUUGAGCCGCUGGUACCAGACCGGUAUCUGGUACCCCUUCUUCCGUGCCCACGCUCACAUCGAUACUCGUCGACGUGAGCCGUAUCUGAUCAGUGAACCACACCGAUCUUACAUCGCUCAAUCUAUUCGCCUCCGAUACCAGCUCCUGCCUGCUUGGUACACAGCUUUCCACGAAGCCUCAGUUAACGGCACACCGAUUGUGCGGCCACAGUACUAUGUCUUCCCUGAGGACGAGCAAGGCUUUGCCAUCGACGACCAGCUGUACCUUGGCUCUACCGGUCUGCUCGUGAAGCCCGUCGUGAAGGAGAAUACAAACAGCGCCGAUGUCUACAUUUCUGACGAUGAGAAGUACUACGACUACUUCGAUUUCACCGUCUACCAAGGCGCUGGCAAAAGGCACACUGUUCCCGCACCCGAGGAGAAAGUCCCCGUUCUGAUCCAGGGUGGUCACAUCAUUCCUCGCAAGGAUCGUCCUCGUCGUAGCACCGGUCUCAUGCGCUGGGAUCCUUACACCUUGAUCAUCACUCUCGAUAAGAACGGUGAAGCCGAAGGAACCUUGUACGUCGAUGAUGGCGAGACUUUCGAUUACGAGCGCGGAGCAUACAUUCACCGCCGCUUCAACUACCGUGACUCCGCCCUGUCCUCUGAGGACAUCGGCACCAAGGGAGCCAAGACAGCCGAUUACCACAAGGCCAUGGCCGGCGUCACUGUGGAGCGGGUUGUUGUCGUUGAUCCACCUACGGAGUGGAAGGAGAAGAAGACCGUUACCGUGAUUGAGGACGGAGCUAAGUCUGCCUCUACUGCCUCCCUGGAGUUCUACGAACAGGAGGGCGGCAAGGCACCUUAUGCCAUUGUGAAGAAACCCAAUGUUGGCAUUGGCAAGACUUGGCGCAUUGAAUUCUGA